AAUCUGCGGGCAUUAUGAUUUCGCACCGACUGGGGGCCGUGCUGUUUGUACUGCUUCAUAUUUUUGGCGUAAGCUGGAGUCAACCAUUUCCCAACUACCAUGUGGACUUUGAGGAUAUUUUGAAAAAGAAUGAAGGACCGAAAUGGUGGCAGACCGGUGCCUUCUAUCAGAUUUAUCCAAGGUCAUUCAAAGACAGCAAUGGUGAUGGUGUUGGCGAUCUAAAUGGUAUUGCCGAUAAACUGCCCUACCUCAAGGAACUGGGAAUCACGGCCACUUGGCUUUCGCCCAUUUUCACUUCACCCAUGGCCGAUUUUGGAUACGAUAUUGCCAAUUUCACAGAGAUUGCUCCCAUAUUCGGAACAAUGUCCGACUUUGAAAACCUAAUGAAGGUGGCCAAGAAGCUGGAUAUCAAUAUAAUUCUGGACUUUGUGCCCAAUCACUCCAGCGACGAAUGCGAGUGGUUUCGUCGUUCGGCGGCCAAGGAUCCAGAGUUCAAGGAUUUCUACGUGUGGCAUCCUGGGCGGGUAGUGAACGGUGUUCGCCAUCCUCCAUCGAAUUGGAUCAGUGUUUUCCGCGGCAGUGCCUGGGAGUGGCACGAGGGUCGGCAGGAGUACUACUUGCAUCAGUUUGUGAAGAAGCAGCCAGAUCUCAAUUAUCGUAGCCCCAAGGUUCGGGAAGCCAUGAAUAAUGUUUUGCGCUUUUGGCUGGCCAAGGGCGUCUCCGGUUUUCGUAUCGAUGCAGUGCCUCAUGUCUUCGAGAUAGCGCCCGAUGCCCAGAGUCAGUACCCCGACGAGCCGCGCAAUGAUUGGAACAACGACCCCGAGGACUACGGUUAUCUGCAGCACAUUUAUACGGUGGAUCAGCCGGAGACCAUUGACCUGGUUUACUCGUGGAGAGCCGUGUUAGAUGCCUUUGAAUACGAGAACGGUGGGGAGGAGCGAAUCUUGAUGGCCGAGACCUAUUCACCCAUCGAUAUCGUAAUGAAAUAUUACGGAAAUGGCACGACGGAAGGCGCCCAGCUUCCGUUUAACUUUCUUUUGAUAAGCGAGCUAUCCAACUCUUCAAAUGCCCACGACUAUGAAAGUACAGUGAUGAAAUGGCUCCAAAACAUGCCCGAGGGUCGCACCGCGAAUUGGGUGCUUGGCAACCACGACAAGCCCCGUGUUGGCUCCCGUCUGGGCAAAGAUCGGGUUGACAUGUUGAACAUGCUCACCGCUACUCUUCCUGGCGCUAGUGUCACCUACCAGGGCGAGGAGCUGGGCAUGACGAAUGUAUGGAUCUCCUGGAAGGACACUGUGGACCCUUCUGCCUGCAACACCAAUCCCAGCAUCUACGAGCAGUUUACCCGUGACCCGGAGAGGACACCAUUCCAGUGGAGCAAGGCCCAGGAUGCAGGAUUCAGCAAUGCCAGCAAGACGUGGCUCCCGAUUGCCUUGGACUAUAAGCAGGUCAAUGUGGAGCAGGAACGGCAGCGUCCUCUGAGUCACUUGAAUGUUUUCAAACAGCUGUGGCAGCUGAGGAAAGAAUCCAAAACACUACAACUUGGAAACACGAAAGUCAAGGCCGUCAGCGAUGGAGUUCUGGCUGUGUUGAGAUCCCACCAAGAAGACUAUGCUUUAUUGACUGUACUAAACCUUUUCGAUGGAGUUGAGACAGUCAACCUGACACAAAGCUUCCCAGGUCUUCCAGCACAAUUCAAAGUUCUGGUAAUCACAGAACGAUCUACAGCCAAAGUGGGUGAUCUCGUAAACUCUUCAUCACUGCAACUACACCCCAAGGACUCUCUUAUCCUUCAGUCCACCUCAUCAUACUAUAGUUACGCCACUAAUGGAGAGGUUCGCUUGCUUCCUGUGCUCGGCGUUUAUCUCUUUCUGGCUCAAGUGGUACUCUAUGUGAGCAAUCGAUGAGUCGAAUAUUUUGUUCCAGCUGCUGGUAUAUAAUUGAAUACUCAAAAUAAAGGCAGUCAAAAUA